CGCUGAUUGUGCAGACUUCCACUACUCUUUCUCUCUGUCUUUGUGUACGCCAUCAGAGUUCACCUGCUGAAGUUCUCAGACACAUGGGCCCAGUUCCACUAAGGCAGCAUGGGCUCGAGACUCAGACAAAACCCUGAUAGAGCAUUCAAUGUAUUCUUUGAGGCAACAUGUCCUAUAGCCAGAGACAGAGAUCCUGGUGUAGGUCUUCAGUUUCCAGAUGACUUCAGAGAUAAGGAAUCUUGUCAAACAUUAUCUACAUUCUGCUUCCCAUAUGACAUACAAAGGGUGAGCGUAGGAGGGACCGUGCAGCACUUUACUUUUGUUCUGACUGAUCUUGAGGGAUUUCAACGCUUUGGCUUCUGUCGCCUCACCAACAGUGCUCGAACGUGCCUUUGCAUCCUCAGUUAUCUUCCAUGGUUUGAGGUCUUUUAUAAAUUCCUCAAUACUCUAGCUGACUACAUUGCAAAGGGGCAGACCAAUGAGAUGAAAAUGGUACUUGCUACAUUGUACAGGCAGCACAUACCACUGACAGCUGAUUCCAUCACACUGCAGAUGGUUCCAUACUUCAUUGCUCCUGAUCCUAGAGGUCUCCCAUCCAUUCCUGAAAAUAGGAACUUGACAGAAUUGAUCGUGGCGGUAGAUGUGACGAACCUUCUGCAUCUCUAUGCCAGCAUGCUGUUUGAGAGACGCAUUUUAAUAUUUGCUCACAAACUCAGCACUCUCACAUCUUGUGUACACGCACUUGAGGCUUUGUUGUACCCGAUGCACUGGCAACACAUCUUCAUCCCAGUCCUGCCACCUCACCUUCUGGACUAUUGUUGUGCACCCAUGCCAUACCUUAUUGGGGUACACAGCAGCUUAGCUGAGAAGGUGAGGAGUCAAGGGAUGGAGGAAGUUGUCAUUUUGAAUGUGGAUACAAACACAUUGGAAACUCCCUUCAAUGACCUGAAGAAGAUACCUUCAGAUGUGGUACCAGAGCAUAUGUCUGGGCUGAAGUUGUGUUUGAAGCGUCAGGCGGUGUCUUCUGGUUGUGGGGUCUCACGGGCCUUCCUCAAAGCCCAGUCUGUCCUCUUUGGAGGGUACAAUGACGCGCUCCAGAUUCUUAAGGGGGGUGAAGUAUACUUCAAUAAGGAUCUUUUUUUAGAUCACAAGUCGCCCAGUAUGAGGCAGUUUCUUCAGAGUGCCAUUCAUUUACAGUUUUUCAAACAGUUUAUUGAUGGACGCGUGGAUAUUCUGAACACAGGGAAUUUACCCCACGACCUCUUUGAAGAGGUGAUCCUUGAGUGUGAAACAACAGGAAAGAGUAAAGUUUAUCAACAGGCAGUUGAUAAUUUAAAGAAGAAAGGGAGAGGGGCCCUGAUCUUCAACAUAAAGUCCAAAACAAAUAAUAUAUGGGCAAAAGGCAUCGCAAGUUCAGGUUUGAAAAGCAGGUUGAAACAUAAGGCCUACAAUCAAACACAGGGCUUUCAAAGAGGUGGAUCUGUGUCGUACCAUUGUGCUCAGUCUGACUGCCUGCAAAAUCGUCUACCAAUUACCCAACACUUUGGAAUGCCACGUCCUCGUCGGCCUGGUUACAAACAUGGCGUCGCCCGGGGCAAGGGAACCACGGCAGCUGGAGAUGCACGGAAUGGGCUGAUGGCUGGUCAAGUGGUCACGCCUGACUCUGAGGUUCAAAAGGGUGAAGAGGAAGAUGAGGAAGAGUCAUUUGUGUGUGAUUCAGAGGAAAUGGAUCUUCUCAGCGAAAUCUUUGACACACUCGGCAGCCGCAGUUCACACGACUGUGGCCUCCUUUAUGGCACACGCAGCCUGGAUCUGUUUGGACCUGACACUAAUGACUAUAUUACAAAGCUUCGUCCGGUCAACUCCAGCCAGGAGAGCCUCCCUCUGUCCACGAAUGGCAGUGGCAGCCUUCACAGCUGGAAUCCAGAUCAGUCAGAGGAGGUGCCAACACUGACUGAGAACUCAAAUUAUCUGAAUCUUGACCCAAACAAGGCUGUCAGCUAUGCAUCAGCAUGUGCAAGAGAGCACGAGAUGAUAAGAGGCAUUGGAGAUAAACCGGAGGAAAAGAAGGUAGCAAUAAAGGGGCAGCAUGCAGUAGGAAUCCAAAACAUAAAUUGUUCAAAGGAAGCGAAGUUUGAGGCAGAAAACCCAAAGAAUGAGCCAGAAAAAACAGUGACUUUUAAACAAUAUCCCGUGGAGGAAACACCUGAGCGGAAUGAGGACGAAGGGUUGAAAAAGACGGAAGAUGGUGCCAAUCUGAGUAGGAAUGAGAAACCUGAUGAAAAUAGAACACCUGAAGUACAUGUAGAUCCAACAGAGGAGGGAAGUGGAAAGCUAAGAGAUGAAAGUGAAGAACUGGGCCUCCAGUCUCAUGUAUCCAGUGAAGGGGUCCUGAAGAAGACCAAGAAUAAGGACUUGGUGGAGACUAACGGACCAGGAAACAGCAGUGACAUUGCUCAAAUAUAUCAGUCGUUUGAUUCAACGACCCAUUCAGAUGUUAACAGCACCAUCAAUCAUGCGCGAGGAGGCCCAACUCCUGUCAAGGUGUCAGAACUUAAAAAGAGGUUUGAAGCUCAAUGGAGCGCCCACACUGACUGACUGGGGGAGUCGAUGCGCUUCUUCUCAACGCCCCCAAAAAAAUUACGUCACUGUAUCUUUGGUAGAAGGGUGCUGAGGAUGGCGCUCCCAGGCAAAAAAGCGAGAGGUCGACCAGAGAUAAGGUUGAUGGAUGUUUUGAGGGAGGACAUGAGGACUGUAGGUGUUAGAGAAGAAGAUGCAUCAGAUAGGCUUGGAUGGAAAGAGAGGACACGCUUUGGCGAACCCUAACGGGACGAGCCGAAAGGAAAAGAAGAAGAAGAAGUGUAUCUUUUAACAAAGAUUGAAACUUGGCUAAGAGAGGAAGCAGUGCUGUGCAUAUGUCCUUUAUUUAUAUACACACACAUUAUUUACUUACAAAAGUGAGCAUUGUAAAAGUGCAUCAUAGUGUCCAGUAUCCUUCAUUAGUGUAAUACACGUUCAGAUAUUUAAAUACAAAAAACAAUGCAAAGUGCAGUAAAAUCUAACAAACCUCUGUUCAAAUAUUAUAUUCAGUUCCAGUUCCUCCUGUGGUAAACUGAGGGCAACUCGAUGGACUUUCGCAUGGAGCAAAAUUUCUACAGUGAAAUGACAUUUUCCUUUUUUCAUGCAGCAAAAACUGGUAACAGAGUUUAGUCCAUCAUGUCAAUAAAAAGGUGGCGAAUAAAGAUGUGUACGGUGUGUCAGAAAAUUUGAGGCGCAAAGCCUAAGCAUGCAUCAUCACCAGGAAUGAGUGGGAAUAUUCAUCCAAACAGCUGAAAGCGGUCAGUGGUGGAGUUCAAUGU